UCUUCGUCAGACACUCUGUAGUCACUGCCUGAAGCAGUAAUCAGACAACUGUCGUUCUCACUCUGACUCGGUCUCUUGAGAUACCAGUUAGUGUGUGUAUCGGGGCUCCAUGAGUUCUAACACUUAAAAUGAAAAAGAAAAAGUUGUCUUGUAGCCGGUAAUUUGUUGCGUUACAGGUUCUACCAACUCUUUUUUAAGAACUUAAUUUUGCUAACAUUUCUUCUUGUUGUUCUGGACUGGACUGGACAGACUUGGCUGUAGAAUAUUAUAAAGAAACUUAAAGGAAGGGUUCCCAGGAAAAGUACAAGGGUUCCACCAAUAUUGGGGUCUAUGGACAUGCAGGAUCUAGCCAGUCCUCACAGCCGUGAAUCCCCUAAUGGUCCCAGACUCGACAACUCCCAUAUCAAUACCAAUUCCAUGACCCCCAAUGGCACUGAAGGCGAUAACAUCACAAUGCUCACCACAGCUGACUGGUUGUUAAGCUCUAGCUCACAGUCGGCUGCAGAACCAAUGAGCAGCAGUGACAUCACCACCCCAGUAGCCGACGCCUCCCUAGACAGCUUCUCAGGAUCAGUUAUUGGAACCAGUGGCUACAGCCCAAGACAAACACACCAGUUCUCCUCGCAGAUUUACCCUUCCAACAGACCGUAUCCACAUAUUCUCCCUACUCCUUCAUCCCAGAAUAUGGCUGCGUACGGUCAGACACAGUACACCUCAGGAAUGCAGCAGGCCGCAGCCUAUGCUAGCUACCCCCAGCCUGGACAACCCUACGGGAUCCCUGCCUAUGGUCCAUUAUGGGCAGGCAUAAAGACAGAGGGCGGACUGAGCCAGUCCCAAUCCCCUGGACAGGCAGGCUUCCUCAGCUACAGCUCUGGUUUCAGCACCCCUCAGACGGGCCAGGCUCCAUACAGCUAUCAGAUGCCAGGUGGCACGUUCACAACCACGUCAGGACUGUACGCAGGAAGCAACUCCCUCACAAACUCAACUGGCUUCAAUAGUACACAACAGGACUACCCAAGCUACCCAGCGUUCGGCCAGGGCCAGUACGCCCAGUAUUACAACAGUUCUCCCUACACCUCCCCCUAUAUGACCAGCAACAACACCAGUCCCACCACCCCCUCCACCACAGCCACGUACACCCUCCAGGAGCCCCCCCUGACCAGCCAGGCCCUCACGGACCCCCCAGCAGGUAGGCCCCAGGCCCCCCAGGCCACCCACCCUCCGUCCCCAGGAUCAGACGGCUCUGGAGGGGGUGGUUAUGAUGCCAGGGCCACUCAUUAUGUCGAGUACAGUACCAUCCACAGUCCUUCAACGCCCAUUAAAGAUUCAGAAUCGGAUCGAUUGCGGCGUGCCUCGGAUGGAAAGUCACGUGGCCGAGGGAGACGGAACAACAACCCUUCACCACCGCCGGACUCUGACCUUGAGAGAGUGUUCAUCUGGGACUUGGAUGAGACCAUCAUCGUUUUCCAUUCCUUGCUCACAGGGUCUUACGCUAACAGAUAUGGCCGGGAUCCCCCGACGUCUGUGUCACUAGGACUGAGGAUAGAAGAGAUGAUAUUUAACUUGGCAGACACGCACUUAUUCUUCAACGACUUGGAGGAGUGUGACCAGGUUCACAUCGAUGACGUCUCAUCUGAUGACAACGGUCAGGAUCUGAGUACGUAUAACUUUGGUUCAGAUGGGUUUCACGCGGCAGCGACCAGUGCCAACCUGUGCCUGGCCACGGGCGUGAGAGGAGGGGUGGACUGGAUGAGAAAACUGGCCUUCCGCUACAGACGAGUAAAAGAAAUCUACACCACCUACAAGAAUAACGUUGGAGGUCUGCUGGGCCCAGCCAAACGAGAAGCCUGGUUACAAUUGAGAGCAGAAGUUGAAGCGUUGACCGACUCCUGGUUAACACUGGCACUGAAAGCACUCACAUUAAUCCACUCAAGGUCAAACUGUGUGAAUAUCCUGGUGACCACCACACAGCUCAUACCUGCCCUGGCUAAAGUCCUGCUGUACGGACUGGGGAUAGUGUUUCCUAUUGACAAUAUUUAUAGUGCUACCAAAAUAGGGAAGGAGAGCUGUUUUGAGAGAGUAAUUCAGAGAUUCGGGAGGAAAGUUGUUUACGUUGUCGUGGGAGACGGAGUGGAAGAGGAGCAAGGCUCAAAAAAGCACAACAUGCCCUUCUGGAGGAUAUCCAGCCACUCUGACCUCAUGGCCCUCCACCAUGCUCUGGACCUCGAGUACUUGUAGCUACCGCCUGGCACUACACUGCCCAGCCCCGAACCUGGCCCCUACACCUACUGGUCCCUACCGGCCCCUACAUCAACCUGCUGCCCUACCGGCCUCUACAUCAACCUACUGGCUCCUACCGACCCCUACGGCAACCUACUGGCCCCUAACGGCCCCUACAUCAACCUGCUGGCCCCUACAGGCCCCUACAUCAACCUACUGGCCCCUACCGGCCCUUCAUCAACCUACUGGCCCCUACCGGCCCCUACAUCAACCUACUGGCCCCUACCGGCCCCUACAUCAACCUACUGGCCCCUACCGGCCCCUACAUCAACCUACUGGCCCCUACCGACCCCUACAUCAACCUACUGGCCCCUACCGGCCCCUACACAGCUACCAUCCACCUACUCUACACAGCUACCACCUACCCUACCCUACACAGCUACCACCUACCCUACCCUACACAGCUACCACCUACCCUACCCUACACAGCUACCACCUACCACACACCCUACCCUACACAGCUACCACCUCCACCUACCUACUCUUAACAGCUACCACCUACACUACCCUACACAGCUACCACCUACCUACCUUACACAGCUACCACCUGGGCCCUACCGGCCUCCAAAUGCUUCUAUACCUACCUGGCCCAAGCCCUCCACAUACCUUAACCACUCUACCAGGCCCUAUACCUACUUCUCCACUUCACCCUGCAACCUUUCAGCUUUCACCAACGCCACUCCAGUCCCACACCUAGUGCUCUGACCCCCUCCAGCCCAGAAUAAGCCCCCUGUGACGCCUGCCUGCCCUCCUGGCGUUUCCUCCUCUUUCUCCCUCCUGACGUGUCCUCCUCUUCCUCCCUCCUGGCUUAUUCUCCUCUUCCUCCCUCCUGGCGUGUCCUCCCUAACCUACCACUAGAGAGAAAGGAAAGAAGUUUUUUUUUAAAGAGAAACUGAGCGGUGACACCGUGUGACACCGUGUUGACCCCGUGUGACACCGGGUUGACUCCGUGUGACACCGUGUUGACACCGUGUUGACACCGUGUUGACACCGUGUUGACACCGUGUUGACAUACGGCCACAAUUCGUCUUAAUCCAUAACUUUUUUUUUCGUUCUGAUGUAGAGGAGUGGAGAAGAGUUUGAAUAAUUUACGGCAUUGCAGCUGCUUGCUGUGGUUACUGUGAAUUGGCUGCGGCUUUCUGAAGCGGUCAAAGUGUUUUAUGGCCCCAUCUAUCUGUCUAUCUGUGCCGCCCUCCCUCCUGGCCGGGAGUCUGACGCUAACGACUAACGCUGAAGCCUAGAGUUGCCUGGACUGACCUGGUCACAGAGCUCAGCUACACUACAAAUCGCACCAAACCCCCCGACUGAGGGCGACAACAAACUUUCUCGUCCAUCGAACUCUCUCGUUCUUUUUAGAUUCUCUCUCUUUUUCUGUAUCACGCUUUCAUUCUCUCUCUCUCUCUCUCUCUCUCCGUGGUAUAUAGAGACAGAGGGGCCCAUGUUGUUCUAACUUGUCUAGUUGGCCUCAGCCGGGAGUCCUGUCUGGCUUGGCCUCAUUCUGGGAGUCCUUUCUGGCUUGGCCUCAGCCGGGAGUCCUGUCUGGCUUGGCCUCAGCCGGGAGUCCUGUCUGGCUUGGCCUCAGCCGGGAGUCCUGUCUGGCUUGGCCUCAUUCUGGGAGUCCUGUCUGGCUUGGCCUCAGCCUGGGAGUCCUGUCUGGCUUGGCCUCAGACUGGGAGUCCUGUCUGGCUUGGUCUCAGCCUGGAGUCCUGUCUAGCUUGGUCUCAUUCUGGGAGUCCUGUCUGGCUUGGCCUCAGCCGGGAGUCCUGUCUGGCUUGGCCUCAUUCUGGGAGUCCUGUCUGGCUUGGCCUCAGCCGGGAGUCCUGUCUGGCUUGGCCUCAGCCGGGAGUCCUGUCUGGCUUGGCCUCAGCCUGGGAGUCCUGUCUGGCUUGGCCUCAGCCGGGAGUCCUGUCUGGCUUGGCCUCAGCCGGGAGUCCUGCCUGGCUUGGCCUCAGCCUGGGAGUCCUGUCUUGUUUGGCCUCAGACUGGGAUUCCUGUCUGGCUUGGCCUCAGCCUGGGAGUCCUGUCCUUCUUAUUAUUUAUGAACUGAGACUUUGUGAGUGGCACUGUCACAAAAGGAAGGUACCUCCAUGAAACGACGUGCCUUUUUCACCUUACAAAGUACUUUGAUUACUACCAAACCGUCCACGCUAUAUCACACCAAGACGAACGAGGAGGAAGACCAUCCACACUAUAUCACACCAAGACGAACGAGGAGCAAGACCAUCCACACUAUAUCACACCAAGACGAACGAGGAGCAAGACCAUCCACACUAUAUCACACCAAGACGAACGAGGAGCAAGACCAUCCACACUAUAUCACACCAAGACGAACGAGGAGCAAGACCAUCCACACUAUAUCACACCAAGACGAACGAGGAGCAAGACCAUCCACACUAUAUCACACCAAGACGAACGAGGAGGAAGACCAUCCACACUAUAUCACACCAAGACGAACGAGGAGGAAGUCCAUCCACACUAUAUCACACCAAGACGAACGAGGAGGAAGUCCAUCCACACUAUAUCACACCAAGACGAACGAGGAGGAAGACCAUCCACACUAUAUCACACCAAGACGAACGAGGAGGAAGACCAUCCACACUAUAUCACACCAAGACGAACGAGGAGCAAGACCAUCCACACUAUAUCACACCAAGACGAACGAGGAGGAAGACCAUCCACACUAUAUCACACCAAGACGAACGAGGAGGAAGUUCAUCCACACUAUAUCACACCAAGACGAACGAGGAGGAAGUCCAUCCACACUAUAUCACACCAAGACGAACGAGGAGGAAGACCAUCCACACUAUAUCACACCAAGACGAACGAGGAGGAAGACCAUCCACACUAUAUCACACCAAGACGAACGAGGAGCAAGACCAUCCAAACUAUAUCACACCAAGACGAACGAGGAGGAAGACCAUCCACACUAUAUCACACCAAGACGAACGAGGAGGAAGACCAUCCACACUAUAUCACACCAAGACGAACGAGGAGGAAGUCCAUCCACACUAUAUCACACCAAGACGAACGAGGAGGAAGACCAUCCACACUAUAUCACACCAAGACGAACGAGGAGGAAGACCAUCCACACUAUAUCACACCAAGACGAACGAGGAGCAAGACAGACGAUAAUGGUUAUGGAAGAACUAAAAUAAAAAUAAAAAUAAAGGGAUUUUCUAAUCAUUUAAAAAAUAAUUAAGAAACUUUAUGUACAAUGAUUCCCGAGACAAUCGUGUACAGAGGAAGUAUUUUUAAUGUGUGCAAAACUGCAAUCACUGGACAAUCCCUUCCUAUAUAAUAAUUGUUUAAUACUGUAGGUACAAAGGUUUUCAUUGAAGUCAAAAGGCAUGCUAAUCGAGCACAGAGGCUGAUGAGGCUGAUGACGGUGAUGAUGUGCUCAUUGAAGGCAAAAGGCAUGCUAAUCGAGCACAGAGGCUGAUGAGGCUGAUGAUGGUGAUAAUGUGUUCAGGUUGUUUUGAUCCAAUAAAAAAACAAACAAACUUGUAGAUGAAAAUGAGAUUUUAUAACUCGUUUUGUUCAAGACCAAAAGCAUGGGUGUCAAGUGUCAACAAUCAUUGUGUUCAGUCAGUGAUGUUUCUUCCUCGUACUCUCUCUCUCUCUCUCUCUCUUUCUCUCUCUAUUUACACUCAGUAUAGAAAGACAUUGUGUGAUUUCAGUCACAUUUUAACUCAACACAAUGGUUUCCCUCCCGAAUCAAGGCUAGGAUUCAAUCUGCAUUGUCGAAUUCGAUCUCACGAACGAGGUAGCAUUGCCUUUGAAAGCCGCGUUGUCUACAAGCGCGAUCGGAUUGAAUCCCGAUCCAACACGUGUAGAUCCAUGUUUCAUUUGGGGGGGGGGGGGGGAUGUUUUUUUUAUGUUACCGCUCGGUCAGUUCCCAGACUCUGAGCCAUAAUAGAGUACCAUUUGAAUGAAUUUAGGAAAAGUUCAGCUUUCAGGAAUGAAAAAAAGAAAAAACUAUCUUAAAUCGGUUUUAUUAUCUUUUCUACAAGCGCUAUAACAAAAUCUAUUGUACAGCGUACAUUUUUGUAUGAAGUCGUGUUUUUAUUUAGAAUUUAGAAAAAAUGAUUGUGUUCUUCUUGUGUCCCCACCUUUUUGAAUUUCUGUAGUUGAAAAUUAAAUUCAUAUGAUGCCCUUUUUUUUGAUAGUGCUUAUUAUGAUAGGACUGUGGACUGAAGUGGUGGGAUGGGAUGGGUGAGAACCGUACUGAGCUCUCGUUAUGAUAGGACUGUGGACUGAAGUGGUGGGACGGGAUGGGUGAGAACCGUACUGAGCUCUCGUUAUGAUAGGACUGUGGACUGAAGUGGUGGGACGGGAUGGGUGAGAACCGUACUGAGCUCUCGUUAUGAUAGGACUGUGGACUGAAGUGGUGGGACGGGAUGGGUGAGAACCGUACUGAGCUCUCGUUAUGAUAGGACUGUGGACUGAAGUGUUGGGAUGGGAUGGGUGAGAACCGUACUGAGCUCUCGUUAUGAUAGGACUGUGGACUGAAGUGGUGGGACGGGAUGGGUGAGAACCGUACUGAGCUCUCGUUAUAAUAGGACUGUGGACUGAAGUGUUGGAAUGGGAUGGGUGAGAACCGUACUGAGCUCUCGUUAUGAUAGGACUGUGGACUGAAGUGUUGGGACGGGAUGGGUGAGAACCGUACUGAGCUCUCGUUAUGAUAGGACUGUGGACUGAAGUGUUGGGAUGGGAUGGGUGAGAACCGUACUGAGCUCUCGUUAUGAUAGGACUGUGGACUGAAGUGUUGGAAUGGGAUGGGUGAGAACCGUACUGAGCUCUCGUUAUAAUAGGACUGUGGACUGAAGUGUUGGAAUGGGAUGGGUGAGAACCGUACUGAGAGAUAAACGAAGAAGAAAAAGCCACUACUUCCCCGCAGACAAAGGGGUUAUUAAGAACAUACAUGUGCUAUCAACUGUGAAUUUAUUAAGUUAGGAACUGCUUCUAGGUCCGUUUCUAUGUCCCCUCCUCCCCAACUCCCUCUGCACAUGCUCACUGUUGCUAUGCUGGUGUCGUCGCGGUGAUGACCGAUCUCCUUUCCCCCUGGCAACGGCAGCAAAACGACAUACCUCUCUCUCUCGCUUUACAUUUGUGAUUUCUCUCUCCUCUAAAAGCAACUUCUCCCCCAUAGCUCUUUCAGGGGGACUACAUAUUGCUGCUAGAUUAAGGUAUCAGAUAGGUAGGUAGACAACGGGAAAAUGUUUUUAUAGAAUUCAUACGUACAGCAAAAGCCUUUUUUUUUUAUUAUGUUGCAAUUAUAAAUGCAAAACUGGAAAUACUUUACACUAAUAACAUGGGCCUCGUGGAGGAAAAAACAGAAAUGUUUGUUGUGUCUGCAAAAAAAAGAAGAUGUGUACAGAUGUUUUUUUUGACAUUAUUAUUUGAUUGUGUUUAAAUUAAUAAAAAAUGGAUUUGUGAACUGUUA